AUGCCUGUAGCUACGGUACCUCCAGUGCCCCAUUAUACUCCCGCUCCGCCCACGGCUGAAACACUCGAAUGGGCAGACUUAGAGAUUAUUGAUCUCUCGCAAGCAUCGACCCCCGAGGGUCUCGCGGAGCUCGCGCUUCGCGUGCGUGAUGUGAUGCGCAGUGUUGGGUUCAUGUACGUUGUGAACCAUGGACUUACAAAGGCCCAGACUGACCGCAUCUUCGACAUUGGGAACGUCCUCUUCACGCAAGUGUCUGAAAAAGAACGGAUGGAUCAUGCGGCCAAAAUUCAAGAGGAGGGUUCGAAGAUAGGGUAUAAACCUCGCCAGCUCUGGACCAUUGAAAACGGUGUACGGGACCAACACGAGCAAUAUGCUCUGCAUCGCUCGAUCUGUGGGCAACAGAAGCACCCUAAGGCGCUAGAGCCUUUCCUCCCUGAGCUCCGCUCAUUCUCUGAGCACAAUCACUAUAACGUCUUAUUUCCUGUCUUGCGGCUACUAGCGUUAGGGAUGGAGUUACCCGAAGAGACGUUCGUGCAUCUCCAUGAAUUCGACGCGGUUGGGGAUAGCCAUGCUCGGUUCAUCAAGUAUCACCCUCGCACCGCCGAAGAGGAGAUCAAGACAAACGGCGUUUGGCUGAAAGGUCACACCGACCAAGGAACUGUCACUAUCCUAUACAGCCAACCUGUCUCCGCCCUGCAGAUCCUGUCUCCAGACGGAAAGUGGCGCUGGGUGAAACAUAUGGACAACGCCCUAGUUGUGAACGUCGGAGACGCAAUGGAGAUGCUAUCUGGGGGCUUCUACAAGGGCACAAUACACCGUGUCGUUCAGCCUCCCGCGGACCAGCGAGGUUUCACGCGCCUCGGGGCCUAUUAUUUCGCGUUGCCGGACGAUGAUGUGAAGCUCGUCCCUUUCAAGGAAAGCUUGGCACUCCAACGGGUUGGGAUCGUUCGCAAAUGCGACGACGCCAUUGCGCCUUCGAUGGGUGAGUAUCGGCGCGCCCGCGUGAUGGCCUACGGAUUGAAGGCCACUACGAAGAAAGGCGAUGCGAUCGAGGAGCAGGACAUCAACGGAAUCGUUCUGAAGCACUACAACUAG